GGCAGGCUUCGGGACUCCUAACAAAUAAGACAAGGCACACAAAUUCAGACAGUCCCAACCUGAGCUUCAAGCACAUGGAAUCUUUCAGGAAGUCUUGGACCGUCUAAACGCGUAAUAUUAAUUUUUGUUUUAUAACGAGCCCCCCGGCUCUAACUUUAGUUCUGUUAUCAUCGGGACUACACUCUUUGGACGGCAUUAACGCGGUUGGAGAACCAUUCCUGCACUUUUUGCUCGCUCCUAUAUCCUGUAUUCCUUCCCCGAGAUUGGUGUAGUGGUGCAGAAGUGACGCUUUGAAUUUCGGCGAAUUUCUUUUUGCUCCAGACGAUCCAGACACUGCUUGGAUGAUCUAGACUCCGGGUGGAGCAAGACAAAUUAAAACGCUUGCACGGAACCUCCACCAGCUAUGCUUUUCCACGGGAUCUCCGGGGAUCAUAUUCAAGGGAUCAUGGAGGAGAUGGAAAGGCGAUCCAAAACAGAGUCUCGUGUGGUCAAGGGCGUCCAUAUCAACGGAAGGGAAACGACCCUGCCCACGAUGCGGCCGGAGAAGCCCGCGCUGUGCGCCGGAUGUGGGGGUAGAAUCUCCGAUAGGUAUUAUUUGCUGGCCGUCGAUAAGCAGUGGCAUCUGCGAUGCCUGAAGUGCUGCGAAUGCAAGCUCGCCCUGGAAUCGGAGCUCACGUGUUUCGCAAAGGAUGGUAGCAUUUACUGCAAAGAAGAUUAUUACAGAAGGUUCUCCGUGCAGCGUUGUGCCCGCUGCCACCUUGGCAUCUCGGCCUCGGAGAUGGUGAUGCGUGCCAGGGACUCGGUGUACCACUUGAGCUGCUUCACUUGCACCACCUGCAGCAAGACCCUGACCACCGGCGACCACUUCGGCAUGAAAGACAACCUGGUGUACUGCAGGGUCCACUUCGAAACCAUUCUGCAGGGAGAGUACCACCCUCAGUUAAACUACACCGAGCUAGCAGUUAAAGGAGGCGGACUGGCGUUGCCGUACUUUAACGGUACGAGCACUGUCCAGAAAGGAAGGCCGCGGAAGCGGAAGAGUCCGGCCAUGAGUGUAGACAUUGCGACGUACAAUGCAGGCUGUAACGAGAACGAUGCCGACCACCUGGGCCGUGACCAGCAGUCUUACCCGCCGUCCCAGAAGACCAAGCGCAUGCGUACGUCAUUCAAACACAAUCAGCUCCGCACCAUGAAGUCCUACUUUGCCAUCAACCACAACCCGGACGCAAAAGACCUGAAACAGCUUGCCCAAAAAACCGGGCUCACGAAAAGAGUCCUGCAGGUUUGGUUCCAAAAUGCCAGAGCCAAAUUCAGAAGGAACGUAUUGCGACAGGAGAAUGGGGGUGUUGAUAAGGCUGAAGGCACAUCCCUACCUCCGCCCUCAUCCGACAGCGGCACUCUCACCCCUCCCAGCACUGCGACCACACUAACAGACCUGACCAAUCCCUCUAUCACUGUAGUGACAUCAGUGACCUCUAAUCUGGACAGCCACGAAUCUGGGAGUCCUUCCCAAACUACCUUAACAAACCUUUUCUAACAUUUUUUUUUUUUUUUUUUUUUUCUUAACAAGACGUUGCAAGAUAUUUUUAAUGACCGGAGAGAGACAAAUCUUGGAAGAGCAAAGAAUCAAAUAAACCAACAAAAAAAAAACAAAAUUUUUGUGUGUAGGAAUUGCUUGGGGGUUUAUUUUGUAGCUAGAUAUUCAGUAAUUGGUGUUUAAGUAUCGGGUGGAUUAAUAUCGAUGAUAACUGUGUGGAAUAAAAUCAUGGCUUUUGAGAAAUAAAUCGUAAACAUUUCAACGUUAUGUUGAAAAUCAUGGUAAUGCAUCCAAAACAUCCUAUUUCAUUUAGUAUAAAGGCAACACUGUUAAAUAAUAUCAGAGCUUAUUCUUCAACUCAUAAAUUAAAUUUAUUUUGUGUAUAUUUGGAAUAUGCCCGCCUAUCAGACCAAUUCUUUAUAUAUGCACUAUAUCCAAAUCAAGAGCGCCAACUGGGUAAUAAGCAAAUUAUAAUUCUGCCUAAUGUGUAGUGUAUGAACUUAAAAUAACCUGCUAUCACACAGAUUAUAAAUAAAUUAGUAAAAACUAAUGCACACAAACAUAAAUAAAUUAUUAAUUAGGAUUUAGAUUAAAAAACUAUAAUUCAAAAUCCUGCCGGUAAAGUAAAAUGAUAUUUUUUUUCAGCUUACAGCUUACCUGUGAGAUAAUCGAGAUAUAUACUGUGGUAAAUGUUUAAAUAACCUGCAUAUCAGCAUUCGUUCAAAUUAAAAUGAUAUGAUAAUAACAAUUUGAAGAAUCAGUGGUCUUACAGUGGAAUAGAAGACAGCAGAUGUCUUUUGGGAAAUCCCACUACCGUGGCAUUUGUCCAGAUGUGGCAUUUGACAGAUGUUCUUUAAGCAAGUCAGGAAGACAUCUUGAUGGUGGGUGGAGCUGGGAGCAGGGCUUAGAAGAUGCAAACAAAUACAGAUUGGAGCUGAAGUACCAAUAUGAUGCCCAUCUGACGUGACAUUGCUGAAUUGUCCAGGGUGUUCAAAUUCAAUUGAAACAACCAAGACAGACAGAAAAGCUGAGAACAUAUAAUGCUAGAAGUGUAAAAACCUUAAACAAGUGGAACAUGAGGCAGUUAAUUAAAACGUUAUCCAUACCCAAUCUUUUUUUAACGUUACGUUUAUUUCUUUAUGGACACUUACCACUGAACAGACCAAAAACUUUUUCCUUCUGGUCCUUACUGAGGUUAAGUACAUUUCAUUGUAAGUGUGUCAAAAUUUGUUCUUUUGUAGAACAAAAUGGUACAAUUGAUCUACUCUUAUAAAGUAGAUGCCUAACUCAGUUCUGCUAUGUGCCUUAUUCUAUAACUUGGAAGAGUUUGUGAGAUUCAGGAUAUGUGUCGUUUGUUAACUAAUUUACAUCCUUUUAAUGGCUCGUUAAUUUUGUACUGUUAUCUUAUUUCUGAAGAUCUUUCAAUGGUACCUGCUGUUCAGAUGGGAUGAUAAUAUCAUAGGCACUUGUGUACUCUCUCAGAUAUAAUUGAGUAGUCCAAGAAAUCUGAUCUAUUGAUUUUUUGUGUUUAUAGUACAGUAACUGUUCUAACAAGAUUGUCCAUGUUUCCUUGUUUCUUGAUAAAGAUGGUGUAUAGAUAUUAUUUCCCCUUAGAUAUUUAUGGACCAAACGGUUGUUAUAUAUCUUAUUAAAUUUGUGUGAAUAAAAAUA